CGUACACAACAGCGCGUACCGGUAUAUAUGUCACGUGCUUGUGUUGUGGUUGCCAUGAUAAACAUCAGCAGCAGCUGCAGUAAAUUGACGAUCAAGGAACAGGGUUCUCAUCAAAUUUAUUACCGUAAUCAAGGAACGACGAAAAUUUCUCAUAUUUAUCUCAUUUUACGUAUGGAUUGUCAAUAGUGAAUCAACAAUGGGAUGUGCGGUAUCUUCUCAACAAACCAAAGCCACAGCACCAGGUGGUCAACCGGCUGCCGGAGUGGAAAACAAAAACUCAAAGUCAACACCCGCUAAGAACAAGCAAACACAAGAAAGCAAGAAAGAUGAACUUGCAGGAGCAGCCGAGGAACUUACCAAAGAAGCAGAAGUAGAUGUAGUACCGGAUUCCAAUUACCCUGACCUUAGCAAGCACAACAAUUACUUGGCGGAGUCUUUGAGGCCUUCUAUCUACAACAGAAUAUGUAACCUUCGGACUCUCUCUGGUUACUCUGUGGAUGAGUGCAUGCAGACUGGCGUGGACAAUCCAGGACAUCCUUUCAUCAAAACUGUAGGGUUGGUGGCUGGGGAUGAAGAAUGUUACGAUCUCUUUGCUGACCUCUUUGAUCCAGUUAUUGAUAAAAGGCACAAUGGUUAUCCUCGAAACGCGAAACAUACAACUGAUCUUGACCCAGAUCAUCUCAAAGGAGGGGAUGACUUUGAUCCAAACUAUGUACUUUCAUGCAGAGUUCGAACUGGCCGCUGCAUUAGAGGUUACGGCCUUCCACCACACUGCUCGAGAGCUGAACGACGAGACGUAGAGAAACUGGUGGUAGACGCACUGGCGACUCUAGACGGUCCUCUGAAAGGCACGUACUACCCACUUACAGGCAUGACAGAUGAACAGCAGGAAAAACUGAUCGCGGACCAUUUCUUAUUUGAUAAGCCCGUUUCUCCAUUGCUUACAUCGGCUCGCAUGGCCCGUGAUUGGCCUGAUGCAAGAGGAAUCUGGCACAAUGCCGAUAAGAACUUCCUGGUUUGGGUCAAUGAGGAAGAUCAUACUCGAGUCAUUUCCAUGGAAUCAAGCGGCAACAUGAAGAAUGUAUUUGUACGAUUCUGUAAUGGUCUCAAGAAAGUUGAGAAUGCGCUCAAAUCAAAGGGGUAUGAAUUCAUGUGGAAUGAGCAUUUGGGAUAUGUAUUGACCUGUCCAUCCAAUCUCGGUACAGGUGUACGUGCAGGAGUCCACAUCAAGAUUCCUCUUCUCUGCAAGCAUCCUGGAUUCGAAUCCAUUCUUAAGCAUUAUCGUCUUCAGAAACGGGGAACAGGAGGUGUAGAUACAGCAUCCACUGAUGGUACAUUCGACAUCUCAAACCUUGACCGUCUUGGCACAUCCGAAGUACAACAAGUUCAAUCGGUGAUUGAUGGUGUCACAAAGCUGAUUGAGUUGGAAAAGGCCUUGGAAAAGAAGACAGAUAUCGGUAGCAAGAUUCCUCGCGACCCAGCGAUGGUUCGUGCAGAGCAGGCAAAAGAAGGUUAUCCAGACUUGUCAAAACACAGCAAUCAUCUAGCCCACUGUCUGACAUAUGAUAUUUGGAAAAAUCUCAAGGACAAAAAGACACCGAGUGGCUUUACUCUAGAUGGUUGUAUUCGGACGGGAGUCAUGAAUCCCGGUCAUCCCCACAUCAUGACUGUCGGAAUGGUUGCAGGAGAUGAAGAAUCAUAUGACGUUUUCUCUGACAUCUUUGACCCAGUGAUUGAUGCACGACACGGAGGUUACCCUAAAGAUGCUGUCCAUGUAACCAAUAUAAAUCAUGCAGAUCUCAAAGGAGGAGAAACCCUGGAUCCGAAGUAUGUACUGUCUUGUCGAGUUCGUACAGGACGCAGUAUUCGGGGAUAUGGUCUCCCUCCGCAUUGCACUGUGGAAGAGAGAGCUGCCGUCGAAAAGAUUACGACAGGAGCUCUAGAUAAAUUCGAUGGCGAGUUGAAGGGCCAGUACUACCCACUGGAAGGAAUGUCCGAUGAAACACAAACACAAUUGAUAGAAGACCAUUUUCUCUUUGACAAACCAGUUUCUCCUCUUCUUACAGCCGCAAGAAUGCAUCGUGAUUGGCCCCAAGGAAGAGGAAUUUGGCAUAACGACAACAAGAACUUCUUGGUGUGGGUCAAUGAAGAAGAUCAUAUUCGAGUAAUCUCUAUGGAGAAGGGAGGAAACAUGAGAGCAGUCUUUAAGCGAUUCUGUGAAGGCUUGCAAAAGUUUGAGCAGAUGAUCAAGACGGAUGGCAAGGAGUUCAUGUGGAACAAACAUCUUGGCUAUGUACUUACUUGCCCUUCAAACUUAGGAACCGGGCUACGUGGAGGCGUCCAUGUAAAAAUACCUCUUCUGAGCAAGUAUCCAAGAUUCAAUCAAAUCCUAAGAGCCCUACGUCUUCAGAAGAGAGGUACAGGUGGAGUUGAUACUGCUUCAACUGAUGGUACCUUUGACAUAUCUAACCUCGAUAGACUUGGUUCAUCAGAAGUACAGCAGGUUCAGUUCGUUGUUGAUGGUGUUGAGCUUCUCAUCAAAAUGGAGAAAAAACUAGAGAAGGGAGAGGACAUCUUUGAUCUUCUACCAGAGCAAUGCCGCCCCAAGGCACCAAUCAAGCCUUUUAGUUCUGACUACCCUGAUUUCUCUCAGCAUAACAAUUGGAUGGCCAAGUGCAUGACGGAAGAAAUUUACAACAAACUCUGCAACUUGAAGACAAAAGGUGGAGUUACCCUCAAUGACUGCAUCCAAACGGGAGUUGACAAUCCUGGGCACCCUUACAUCAUGACCGUUGGUUUGGUAGCAGGAGAUGAAGAGUGCUAUCAGCUAUUCGCUCCUCUCUUCGACCCGGUUAUAAGUGCUAGGCAUGGUGGAUACGCUGUUGAUGCCAAACACCCGACCAACCUCAAUGCAACCGAACUUAAAGGUGGGGAAGAUUUGGAUCCUGACUUCGUUUUGUCAUGUCGUGUACGUACUGGUCGUUGCAUUCGUGGCUUAGCACUCCCACCAUGUUGCACCAGAGCAGAGCGUGCAGAAGUAGAGAAGAUUACAACUGAAGCAUUAGCAACGCUGAGUGGACCCCUGAAAGGAAGGUACUACCCUCUCACCGGUAUGACAGAUGAAGAGCAAGAGAAGUUAAUCGCUGACCACUUCCUCUUUGACAAACCCGUAUCCCCACUAUUGCUUUGUGCCAAUAUGGCACGUGAUUGGCCACAAGGUCGCGGUAUCUGGCACAAUAAUGAAAAGAAUUUCCUUGUCUGGAUCAACGAAGAAGAUCAUACUCGAGUCAUCUCUAUGGAAAAAGGAGGAAAUAUGAAGAGGGUGUUUGAGAGGUUCUGCGAUGGCCUGAAAAAGGUUGAAGAAUCCAUCAAAUCCAAGGGGUACCAAUUCAUGUGGAAUGAGCAUCUUGGUUAUGUGUUGACAUGUCCAUCCAACCUGGGCACAGGACUCCGUGCUGGUGUUCAUGUGAAGAUCCCUUUGUUGAGCCAACAGCAAUGCUUUGAUCAAAUCCUUGAUCACAUGCGUCUACAGAAGAGAGGUACAGGAGGCGUAGACACUGCCUCAACUGACGGCACCUUUGAUAUCUCCAACUCGGAUCGCAUUGGUUACUCGGAAGUCCACCUUGUCCAACAACUCGUAGACGGUGUCAAGCUCCUCGUCAACCUCGAGAAGGCUCUCAUGAAAGGAGAAGACGUCAAUGGUCUGCUGCCGGAGAAGCUCAGAGCAACAUGUGAAACAAAGGAAGAUCAAGCACUUCCGGAAACCCAAGAGCAACAGCAAGACGAAUAGUGACUUAUGUAGUUUAAACGUCAUCCAUAAACUAAAUAACAUAAAACUGAUUUUCACAAUGAAGACUAAAGAUUGAUUUGAAUGGUGAAAUUUUCGCCCAUUUUUUUAUAUAUAUAUUUAAUUAAUUGAUGUGAGAAACCAAUAAUGUUAGAAACUAUGAUUCCUUGAGUACAUCAGGUUUAUUGACCAAUUUCUCGUAAUACGAACCAAUGAAUAAAUUCCUCUUAAUUACUACCUGUAAAAUCAUCAAACUGUAUGAAACCAAGUAAAGCUAAAAGUAAAGUUCAAAGUAAAUGUAUAUUGACUAUGUCAUAAAACAUUUAGCCUUAGUCAUUUCAGUCUCAUAAGAAACAGAUAUGAAUAAAGGAAGGGUCAAGUAUAAGUAAACAAGCACUGGAUUUUAGGGGAGAGGGAAAGAAAAAGUGGAAGAGAUAUAGUAGAUGAGAGGGGAGAAAGAAGAGGGGACAUGAAUUCCUUACCAUGUUAUCCUGGUGUUUUAUCAUAGACAGUAGCUGCCUAUUACUGGUUAAAUGGGAUGAUCUUAUGAAUAAGGAUUUCUCGUGAGUUCUAUGAAUUCUGAUGCUGGAUUUUCUUCAGGGAGAAAAAAAAGGUUGUUAACCGUACAUGGAUCCUAUAGAUAUUUUAUACUGCGAUUUUAAUACAUAUAUUUCUUUUGAAAGAUUUAUCUAAAUUUUAAGGCAUUGAAAUAUUCAGACAUUUAAACUAACCAAUAACUUACAGAUCUACACAAAAAAAAAAGAAAAAUCUAACAGCAAAUGGACACAGGGGAACGACAAAUUUAGAAAUAUGACUGUUUGAAGCACUGGAUGCUACUGACCCAACAAACUCACCUGGAUUAGCCUUUUCGUACAGCAUGUAGAAUAAAUUGGGGCGUUGUGGCCCUUUGGAUUAGUCUCCGGACUUUAUAGAGGAUUGUGGGCUAGAAUCCCUGCCAUGGCGUAACUUCCUAACACAAGAAAUUGAUCCACAAUGUACUGCACUCAAUCAUGGACCUAUCCACGACUCAAUCCAGGUGAGGUAAAUGGGUACUUGGCAGCAAUUUAUAUGUUGAAAACGCAGUGCGCGUAACAGCUUCUCUGCUAGAGAAAGGGCAAUAAUGCUGCAUUACGGUAGAGCGCGUAGAGGCCUCGUAUUGAGCGCUGUAUAAACAAGUACGGUGUAAUUAUUGUCAUAUUCAAGAUGUGAGUGAAGUAGGUUGGCCUCUGAGAAUGGAAGCUCUUGACAAAAUGUAUGUAUGUUGGCCAGCGCAUCGUAAACAAAUCUCCAUCGAACAUGUCGAGAAGUUGGUCAAUGAUGGCUAAUCUCGAGCUUGAAAGAAUUCAUUUUAAUGACAAUUUUCGCAGUUAUGAAAAAUUUACUCAUCAAAAGACGAGGACUAAUCUCCCACAAGCAUGCCAAGAAACGAGUACAUAACCAAGGUUACUAGUCAACAUCUGUAAUUUGGAGUCAUUAUAACCCUUGAAUUGAAUUUCAUGGAGACGAAUAGACCGCUUACCAAAGUAUGGACAUUUUCAAGAUUGAGGCACAAACAUUACAAUCGUCAGCAGCUAGCCUAUCAAACACCUGGAAAAUGUCUUCAUAUGGUAAGUAUCUGUAUAAAGUGUGGAGACCACCCCCCCCCCCUCCCGAAAAAAACCCUGGAAACAUUCAUUCAAAUUGACAAAUUUGAUUUAAAGAAAAAAAAACAGAAAUUACGCUUUGUUUGUAGGAUAUUAAUAAUACGUUGCCCACAGACAUAUAUCAACGCUUCGACUAUGAACCACCUACA